AUGAAGAGCAUUCAACAUAUCUUCAAAGAUAUUAAAUUGCACCGAUUGUUUCUGGAUCUAUCCGUUCUGUCAGCAAAGAUAAGCUUGGCGAUGAUAAUGGCAACUUUCAGAAUGAUUGUACCGCGUUCCACGAAACGUUUACUAGGAGAAACCGUUCUAAUUACUGGAGCUGGUCAUGGUAUCGGCCGUGAGUUAGCCAUUCAAUUGUCGUCUAUGGGUUGUAUAAUAGUGUGUUGGGAUAAUGAUGUUGAUAACAAUCGAUCAACGAUAAGAGAAGUGUCGAAAAAUGGUGGAGAAGUUUACGGUUUUUUGGUUGACGUCUCAAAGAGAUUGGAAGUACGAGAGACGGUCAGGUUGAUGAGAAAAAUCGGCGUGCCGGAUGUGACAAUACUCAUUAAUAAUGCGGCUGUGUUGUAUCAUAAGCCAUAUCUGAGUUUUGAUCCGGAUGACGUAGAGAAAACAUUUAACGUUAAUGUGCUUUCAAACUUUUGGACGAUAGAGGCAUUUCUGCCUCUGAUGCUGCAGAAAAAUAGCGGUCAUAUAGUAGCGAUAAGUAGCAUGUGCGGUAUCUAUGGGGUGUCGCAAAAAGUGGCAUAUUGCUCAUCAAAGUUCGCCGUGAGAGGUCUUAUGGAAGCCUUACACGAGGAAGUGCGGUUAGAUGAGAGAAAAUCCAACAUUCAUUUCACGACGAUUUAUCCGUUUUACGUGGACACCGGUUUAGCGAAGGAUCCUAAAUACAGAUUUCCUUACAUUUUCGGCGUUGUAACGCCAGAAUAUGCUGCCCGAGAGAUAAUUAAAGCGAUUCAAAGAAAUUACACGGAGUACUCAAUACCGCGAUGUCUUCUUUCUUUGAAUGCGAUUAACAGGAUUGUUCCAGAGAGCGUAAUGCGCUUGAUACUAGAUUUCUUAGCGGAUGUCGAUCGAAAACGGAGAGAAAAAGAUGUAAUGAAUUUGUAG